AUGUCCAAAACAAAGACCCCCAUCAUGGAUCUCGAGACCGAUGAGGACGGCUGGAUUGGUGGCUCCAGCCAGAGCAUCUACGCUCGCAAGCCGGAAUCCUCCACCCCAGCUUCUCCACCUCCAGCAGCGGACCCGGCAAACAAGCCUUCACCAGUCACACCAGGCCGCGACAAGUCACGGUCCAGCGAUGCCAAGACCGGCUCCUUGCUUGAGCGCAUGGACAUGGCCCACAACUUGCAACAGACACCGCCUAGGAAAGCGCGCAAAGGCAAAUCGGACAGCGAUAAGCUUGCAGGCGAAACCUCAACCCCUUCUCCUAAGCUGAACGCUGCAGCAUCGGCAUUUGAAUCCACGCCUUCUCCAGGCAUUCGUAGACCAGGAGCAAAGCUGCCUUCUCCCCUCCCACUCACAAGCCCAGCCCGAAACAACGACACAACUUCGCCUCUCAACACACGCACGCCUCUCAGCGCAUCACAUCCCAUCCCGGAAACGCCACUCAAGCUUUCGCAACGUGGAGGUCCUCAAACGCCAGCAACUCCGCAUUGGCCGUUGUACCCCAACACUGCGCGACCUCCAAACCAGGACGGAGACUCGUCACGAACCAGCGGUCUGGGCUUGGGGCUCACUCCGCUGAAACAACCAGUACCUCUAGCACCAAGCGCAGACACUGGUCGCAGCCCGCUCAACGAGGCAUUGAAUCUGCGUGGUCGCGCUGGGUCCAUCGGAUCUCCUCUCAGGUCAAAUCGCAACGGCAGUCAAGGCGAGCCUUUGGCUCUAGAAACUUCCUCGAGUGGCAAGACCAGCAACGGCCAAAUCGGUAUCCGCUCCAGUCUUGGCACGGGUGCGAGCAUGUGGGCACCCAAGCCAGCUGCGACUUCCGAUAACGACAGCUCUACUUCCAACAACGAUUCCGCCUCCGCCGCCUCGCACACAAUCGGCUCCGGCUUCACGUCCAGCAAUCUGCUCGGUGUUCAGACGGGUCUCGAUCGAAAGCGUCCCGGGCAUCGACAGAAUGGCCUGCAGCUCAGUCUAGGCCAGGAGAUCAGUGUCAUGCAGAAUGUGGAAGAGAACGCGGAGGAAGACGCUCCCUCCUCCGCAGCAACUGAGGAGACUUUCAAGCUCCAUCCGCCAGACAAUCAAGCCGAACACAAAGCAGCAAACGACUGGAACGGCAACGUCGUUCCUCCUACACCCGCGCUCGGCUGUGACUCUCCCUCCUCCGACGAGGGCAAGACGAGCUCCGCCAAGCCACCCUCACGCAGUCUUGACGCCUUUGGCUGGGGCGGUAAGCAGUCCGCCAAAUCGUCUCUCUUCUCCAACCUCCCGUCCUCCUCCGCUCUUGAGGCCAACUGGAGUGGCGACGACGACGAUGAGCGCAAGAACGACGUCGAGAUGUUCGAAGACAUGCAGAGCCGUGCCAAAGCAUCCAACAAGGAAAGACGCAACAGCGGCUAUGGUCCACUUCCUCCACCUCCGAUCAACUUUGCCAAGUCUCGCACUCCGUCACCCACGCAUCGCAUGCUGGCGAAGUCACCGCAGCUCGACAAGCCCACGAGCAGUGACCUGCAGAAGUCGCCUUCGCUGACUGCUUCGAAGCUCGGUGCGGAAGCAGGGAAUGCCAAGCCGCUCAGUCAGCGCCUGUCACCUGCCUCGGCGCGCUCGCAGCUUCAUUCGGAUGAGUCGGACGGCGACGCCGAUGUGGAGAAUGAGAGGCCCAAGAUUGCGAAGGAGCGCAAAGCGAGCAAGAAGAACGACUCAAAGGGCGAGCAAGCCCAGAAGUCGGACAGUCUACAGGUGGACGGUAGUGAAUUGGAAAAGAAACGAUCGCUCAAGAGGGACAAGUCGGAGCGCAUUCGUGGCCGAAGGGCAAGUCAGAGUAAGGAGAAGGAUGUCAAAGUGCCAGCUGCAGGCGCUGCGGCCGGCGAGGCGGGCUCGAUUGCGUCGGCGAAGGUCUUGCUUCCUACCUCGGCACGCUCAAGCAGCAAUACGGACGAUCUCGCGGCCAGCAUCGCGAAAGUCGAUCUGAGCGAGAGCACCGCCGACAAGCCCGCAGCAUCAACCAAGGACACCGUCACCACUUCAACCAAGUCUGACGCGCAGCAAACGCCCGUAGCCAACCGCGUACAGAGCAUCCCAACGGUCAAAGACGAUCUAUUCUCGUCUCCCGCCGAGCCCAAGGUCGGUCUACCCAACAACACGACUUCACCUGCUCAAGCCGAGGAAGAAGAGUGCAAGUCGUCGGUUCCAGCCACGCCCGAACCGACGCAAGCCAAAACGUUCGACUGGGCAGCCGACGACGAUGAGCUGGAUGACGAGCUACCCGAUCUGGACGAUUGGGGGGUCACCCUUUCCCCUGUCAACCCUGCUGCCACGCCCACCUUCGGCUCAGCUGACUCUAAGGGCGCUCAGAACAGCAAAUCCGAAGCAGGAGAGGAGAAAGUCUGGCGUCGCGGAGCGAAGCUUCCCGGUCCCAGCGGCGGCGCGGGCAAAGCGACCAAGAAGGCGAACGGCGCCGAUGACGGGCUAGGCAUCCGCAUUGCUGGCCGGGCCAAAUCUGCCACUCCCGAACCCACCGCUCCGCCCGCCAGCACACCGUAUGGUCGAUGGAAGCAGCCCAAACCCACGGAGGAGCUCGCAAUCAAGGGUGCUAGCGGGAAGACCAGGCCGAGGAUCGCAGACCUGGGCAGUCUGGCAAAGCUCAUGGAACCGGCUGAACCGAAGGGGGUGAAGGCGGAGACCGGGGCCAAGGACAGCAUGCAUGCCCCACCCACGGCGCCAGCAGCCAUGCGCGAGGCGAAGGGGCGGUCGCCUUUGCUCGGCGCCGGCAGAGGUGGGGCUAAGAGAGGGAGAGGAGGCAAGAAGUAG